CGCCUUGGUUUCUCCUUUUGGGAUGAGGGAAGAGACCCUGGGAAGAUGAAAGCCCGUCCGUAGGAGUUCCCACAAACACCCAAGGAAAAGCACGGCCUGAGAUGCCCUUUCUCAUCGCUCAGAACCAACCCUGAUGUUGCACUUCCAGGUCUCUCCAGUGCCUUAUUCCCAAAGCCCGCGAGCGCCCCUGAGGCUUUCACAUGGAAUCUCGUUUUAAUCCCACUUUGGAGCAUCCACAAUCACCCUCAUGCUCCAACCCGGGGCCGGUCCCAAGGUGGGAUUUUGGGAGGGGGGUUCCAAGAGUUUAUAGAAGAGAAACCAGGAUGUUUUGGCCCUGGAGGGAACAGCAUUGUUAAAACCAAGGUGACGGAACCAGCCCUUGCGCCUGCUGAUCCGGUAGGAUGCAGCUGCUGAUCCAGUCGGAUCCAGCUUCCUUAUCCAAAGCUUUGAAGCAGAACCUGAGCGAAAUAAAGGCAGAAAAGGGACAAAUCCCACUGCCAACCUCCCGCUUCCAGGUCUGGCAUUGCCGGGAGGCAUCUGUGGAUGCUCCAAAUGCAAAUGCCAGCGUAAGCGUAUCCCCGCCGGUAUUAAAUAUUCACUCCCAUGAAAGCAGAGCGGGAGGAUGGAUUACGGAGGCUGCGAGUACCCGGUUCCCUGCGGGAAAGACAAGUACAUCUCCAAAAAUGAGCUGCUUUUACACUUGAAGACGUACAACAUCUACUAUGAAGGACAAAACUUGCAGCUGCGGCACCGGGAGGAGGAAGGAGAACUCAUCGUGGAGGGGCUGCUGAACAUCUCCUGGGGCUUGCGGCGACCCAUCCGCCUGCAGAUGCAGGAUGACAACCAGCGCAUCCGCCCGCCGCCCUCCUCUUCCUCCUGGCACUCGGGAUGCAACCUGGGAGCUCACGGGUCCGUGCUGAAGCCCAGCACCUUGCCAGACAUCCAGGUCACAGAUGCAGAGGCUGUGCCAAACACAGAGGCUCCCCGGAGCUGUGCAGGCACCAAACCACAAGGGGAGGAGACGCCGCAGCUGAUGCGGACGCGGAGCGACGUUGGGGUCCGGCACCGGGGCAGCGCCCGCACCCCCAGCGAGCAGCGGCGCAUCCGCCGGCACCGCUUCUCCAUCAACGGGCACUUCUACAACCACAAGACGUCCGUGUUCACGCCGGCCUACGGCUCCAUCACCAACGUCCGCAUAAACAGCACCAUGACGACCCCGCAGGUCCUCAAGCUGCUGCUCAAUAAGUUCAAGAUUGAGAACUCAGCGGAGGAGUUUGCGCUCUACAUUGUCCACACCAGUGGAGAGAAGCAGAAGCUGCGGGGCAGUGAUUACCCCCUGAUCGCCCGCAUCCUUCAGGGCCCCUGCGAGCAGGUCUCCAAGGUCUUCCUUAUGGAGAAGGACCAAGUGGAAGAAGUCACCUAUGAUGUAGCUCAGUACAUCAAAUUCGAGAUGCCCAUCCUCAAGAGCUUCAUCCAGAAGCUGGAGGAAGAGGAGGAUCGUGAAGUGAAGAAGCUAAUGCGCAAGUACUCCAUCCUUCGGCUGAUGAUUGAGCAAAGGCUGGAGGAGAUAUCCGAAGGUCCGACAGCGAUGUGAAGCGCUUCACCAGCUCCAGGUUGCAUUGCACCAAGAGCCGUUUGCCUGCAGGAUGCACUGUACCAAAUCCCAACCCCGUGUCAUUCCCGGAGCUCUCCCAGUGUCCUCCCGGAUCGCUCCGGCUCUGAGCCAGCCCAUCCUCCUGUGCCUUCAUGUGCGCAGCAUCCUCGGGGGGGUUCCUCAUCUCCAAAUGGGAGUUUUCCCAGCAAGGCUCUGGGCAUCUGCAGCCAAAACCUCAACUCCCUGGAAAUAACAGGGGGAAAAGAAAGAAAGAGGAAAUCCAUGAGCAGGAUGAAGCCACUGAGGAUGGGGACAAGCAAUUCUGGGCUCUGUUGGAGGAUCCUGGCUUCAACGGUGCCCGCGUGGGGCUCCCUGCUUAGAACCCACCCCUUGGUGGCAAGAGCACAAAUAAUUCCUCUUUUCCCACCUGAAAAAGCACAUUCCUAUGGCAAUAAUUCGCAGGUGACAGGAAGCUUUUGUAAAUGGAGCGGAUUUUAACACUUUUGCUGCCGAAAACGAACCUGGGGACUGAGGGUUGGAUUUACAGCAAAAGAGUAAAAUCCUGGUUUUUUUCCCAGCACAUUCCCUUAACCUGCAUCCGGUCUCUUAACCCCCAUCCUGCUCCUUUCUAAUUUGCACUAAUGUUAGGGAAGAAAAAGCAACCCACGGUGUCAAACCUCUCUGGUAGCUGUAACAUGCCAAAUAAUGCUCGGGGGAAUGGCGGGUGGUGAGGAGCAUCUCCCGAGGGAUGCUGUAUGGGAAGCAGGAGGGGAGGCAGAAAUAGAGGGGUUUAUUCUCCACGUGGGUUUUGCAGCACAUUGUCCUGGGCUCACCGGGACCAGGCCUGGCUUUGUUACCCCCAUCACACCUGGAAAAACCUCUUUCCUCCCGGGCUAAACCAGCAAUAUCCAUUUUAUACCUCGAUGUGAACUAAAACUCGUGACUUUCGCCCUCCUUUUGAGUUUUUUGCAAUGCAUCUUUGCGAGGUUUGGGGUCUAAUUUUAAUGGUACCUUCUCCACCUUGAACACGUCGAUAGGGAAGUAUUGUACAGCGAGAAAAGCUUUUUGUGUGUGUGAAGGAUGGCUUGGUUGGGUAAGAAGGACACAAAACAUGAAGCAACUUAAUACAGAAUGAACCCCUCCC